AAAAUAAUAUUUAGAUUGUCCUAGUUACAAAUGUCAUCCACGUCAUAACUUUAUCCCCAAAACUUUAAUUAAAAUAUUUCAAAUUAUAGUAGAUAAUACUUAAUUGAAGCUGCAGCGUUUAAUUUCUACUGUACCUAGCAUACAUGGCCAGAACAGCAAGAAUAGCUCUCGAUUUGGUAUUAGUUUCUUUGAAAACAGUUCGUCCUGCUGUGACAAAAGUAUGGUUCACGGCCAAAAAGAAAAUUGAAUCUUCACGGGCCGAAAAGCUUGUGGAUAAUAUAGUAAUUGAAAAACUCGAGACCAUACUGGAUAAAAUUUCUAGACUCCUUGAGCUGAAAAUAAUAGAAAUACGUGAUAAACAAUUAUUACCGAGGGAACUUAAAUAUCUGGAGAGUGAAAUAGAAAAAAUCAAGAAGAGGAUAGGAACAAAUGUAAAAUCCGCUAAAAUCGAACAGCCUAAGAAAUGCUAAGCAAUUUUAAAUUAAAUAAAUAAACAAAACAAUAUGGAGUUAGCUCUGUCCCCAAAGCGAUAGACAGAUGUGGCUACUACGCUAAUGAUAUGGUGGAAAUCAAAACUAUCAUGUCAAAUCAGAAGUGUAACUGAACAUCUGACACCAAAAAUAACAUCAGCGUGGCAAUAUGCAAAAUUCGAAAUGGCACCGCCCCUGACAAUAGGCUUCUUUUACGGACCAACUGUUCGGAAACUUGAAGAUUAUUGUUCAAACACGGCUAAUAAUUUCAAAGCUGGCUUGCGACAACAGAUUAAAGAAAUUGAUGCUGAAGAAGAACGAGUUAGAAAGGAAAAAGAAGCUGCUGCUGCUAAGGCCGAAGAAGAAUAUGUGGAAGCGAGCGAAGCAGAAGCCGAAAAACCAGAGGAGCCACCUAAAAAAAAAUAGGACAAAGUAGAAUGUCGAAACUUCCGAAGAAAAAAACAAAAUCUUCGGAUAUAGAUAAACAAAUAAAGUCUUAAAUAAAUAAAAUAACGUGCAUUAUAGUUUGUGUGGUAAUAUGUACCAAGUAAAUUAUUAACCGACU